UUACUUCACCUGAAAUGUUUGUUUGUUUAACCUUAAUUUUUUAGAUUCUUAGUAUCAAAACUCAAAUUUUGGCCCACAAAUCAAGACUUGGUCUUAUCAACAGCAGCAGUUCCAAUUUGUGCUCUUCAACUGCGAAAACUCGUAAAGAGGACAGAAAGGUUUAUGUUCGGGAACCAGCAGUCCCAUUUGUUUCAAUGGCAGAAAUGAUGAAGAAGUUUCAAUCUAACACAAGAGAGAUGUCUAUACCUCACAUGAACGGUUCUCUUUCGCAUGAUGCUGCAGCUUCAAUAGUGCAGAGGAAGCCCAGACUUACAUUGACAAGGCCCAAGGAACCUGAAUUUGAAACGGCUCAGCGGGUUCGCUCAGUCAGGGCCAAGAGCUCUGCUGAACUUGAGGAAGAAAUGAUGGCUAAAAUUCCGAAGUUUAAGGCUAGGCCAGUAAACAAGAAGAUUCUGGACGCUCCAAGCUUGCCAGCACUACCAAGAAGUACACCCCAUCUACCCGAAUUUCAGGAAUUCCAUUUGGAAACGAUGGAAAGGGCCAAUCAAAAUGCAGAAACAUCAACUAUAGCCUCAACAGAAUCUGCUUGGCAGAAUCAUCAGUGGAAACCAGCUCAUCUUACAGCACCCAAGUCGCCCCUUCUUCAAACAUCUCUGAGGGCACGGCCUCCAAGGAUUAAAACUUCUGAAGAACUGGAAAGGGAAGAACUUGAAAAAGUUCCAAAGUUCAAAGCAAGGCCUUUGAAUAAGAAGAUAUUUGAAAGUAAAGGAGAGUUGGGGAUGUUUUGUAACACAAAGCAGCAUGUCACUAUUCCUCAGGAGUUUCACUUUGCUAUUGAUGAAAGGAUUCCACCACCAGUAACAGUUGCUGAUCUUUUUGACAAGCUUUCAUUGAAUUCAGAAGCUCACCACUACAAACAAAUUCUGAGGAACACUACACCAAAUCCAUUCCAUCUCCACACAGAGGAAAGAGGAGCAGAGAAAGAGAGGAAAUUUGUGAUGGAAGUCAUGCAGAAACAGUUGGAAGAUGAGAGAGCCAGGAUUCCGAAGGCUACCCCAUAUCCUUAUACUACUGAUUAUCCUGUGAUUCCACCAAAACCAGAGCCAAAGCAUUGCACAAAACCAGAACCAUUCCAAUUGGAGAGUCUGACAAGGCAUGAAGAAGAAAUGCUAAGGGAAAUGGAAGAGAGGAGGAGAAUGGAAGAGGAAGAAGCUCAGAUGAGGAUAUUUAAGGCACAACCAGUAUUGAAAGAGUAA